UACUCAUUCACCUGCAAGCAGGGAACUCGCUAAAAAUGUCGAUCCCUUUCAGAAACUUCUUCCCUAGCGAUCGGAAGGAACGCUACUACGUGGAGGAGCGGUCAUCAUACGAAACCUCCCCUGAGAAUCGGAAAGAACGCAACUACGUCCAGGGUCGGCGCUUAUUCGACAACUUACAUGAGGAUCGAAAGGAUCGCUACUACGUCGAGGAUCGGCCUUCUUACGAUCAUAUCCGUGAGAAAGACGCCGUGGCCGAUCCCUUCCGUACUACCAUGGCCUCAAAUUCCUCGGCCGUCAACGCUCAGAUCGACUGGAAGGAGACUGCAGAUGCGCACGUGUUGAGGUUAGAGCUUCCCGGAGUGAAGAAGCAGGCAGUUAAACUGGAGAUUGAGGAGAGUGGAGCUAUCUGCAUCAGCGUCGAAAUUAGGGCUGAGAAAGAAGAGACAACCGAUAUUUGGCGCCGUGUUGAACGAAGCAGUGGAAAGUUCUACCGGCGUAUCGUCCUGCCGGACGGCGCUGAUGUGGAUAAGGUGAAGGCGGAAAUGUAUAACGGAGUACUAACUGUGACCGUGCCUAAAUACCAGUUCAAGAAGCCCAUGGCCAGAAUGGUCCAGAUUUCUGGCCAUUAAAACCCCCCCGAACUUCGGUCCUGCAUGGCAACAGGAGGAGAUGAAGCAUAUUAAAAUAAAAAAAAUAAAAAAUAAAUGAUAUCGGUUUAAAUUACUACCAUGUCCUUCUUGUUUCCUACAAACGGCGUUUUAAAUUCCAUUACUCGUACAGACGGCGUUUUAAAUUCCAUUAGCACUCCCACACGCAUUACGUCAGUGAACCACACGCGCUUGUAAAGCGUGAGUGAGGAAGUCAGGAAGAAAAGAAAAUUUCUUCCUUCUGUGUUUGAAACCCCCCCGCCCAUCGUUUCUCCACCGAUGGGUAUGAAAAGGACGUGUGACCCUAACACCGCCACGGGCGCCGGAAAGACGGUUGUGUCACCGGGUGGGACUAAAUGGGGUAAGGUGCGCGUAAAUGGGAAACAUCCAUAGUGCGCGCCAUGUGAGGGUUGUUAUUAAGUGAGAGAUGAUAGUUGAUAUCACUCCCCCAGAUUAACGCCAUCCGCCACUAGGCCCCCACUAUCUCAUUUUCCUCCUAUUCAUAAAUAAAAUCUCCGUGCUUCCUUGGUAAGGCUUA